AAGUGGGAGAGAGAAAAGAGAUAGUUAAAUUACGUUUUUUUUUAUCUGUCAUGUGGACGUGUCUCCCCCCCCCUCUCAAACGUAAUUGUGUUUCAAUCUGUGAACAGUGUAUGAGCAAAUUAUAGACAGUGAUAAAAAAAAGAUUCAAAUUUCUGCAAUUGCAGAAAAGAAAAAAUUAUAGUGACAUAUCGCGAGGAUGCAAUGCCAGCACGUCGUCGUCGUGGACCAUCAGAGUUAGGGGAUGACCUUGUAAUUAAAACCACCCCAUUUGGUAAUCAACAGCAGCCCGCCUUUUCAUUUCAAUCGACAAAUCAACAUUACAAUGAGAAGCCAACUUUUGAAAAAAUAGAAGAAGAUUUAUUGAAACAACGAUUAUUAACAACUGCAGCAGCAACAACAACAAUUACAAUGACAGCUCGCGAUCGUACCAAUGAAUUUGCCAAUGCCAUCCGGAGUAUACAAAGUAGAACAGUGGCAAGAGCUGCUGUCAGUCGUACACCACGACAUGCAAAACAAAUUCAAAGUUAUUCUGAAUUUAUGAUGACAGCAAAAAAUAUUGGCAAAAAUAUUGCCAGUACAUAUUCAAAACUUGAAAAACUCGCUAUGUUGGCAAAGCGAAAGUCAAUUUUCGAUGAUAGACAAAUGGAAAUUGAAGAACUUACAACUAUUAUAAAAAUGGACUUGAACAGUUUAAAUAAACAAAUAGCAAAACUUCAAGAUUUAGGGAGACAACAGCGUGAAGUUUUUGGAUCAUCUAAGAAAAACCACAUUGCCUCACAUUCCUCUUCAGUUGUUGUUAAUUUACAAUCUAAAUUAGCUAAUAUGUCGACUACUUUCAAGAAUGUCCUCGAAGUUCGAUCAGAGAAAAUGAGAGAGGAGCAAAAUAGAAGGGAACAAUUUACACAGGGACAUGUUUCUACUAUGCUCCCGCCAAGUAUUGUUUCUGGUAAACAAGGUUCCUUGUUACUUCAGGAACAAGAUUCCAGUGCUUCCGUUAGUAUAGAUCUUGAACCAGCAAUGAAUCAACAGCUUUCAAUCCAAAGAAAUGCUUACGAUCAUACAGAUUCGUAUGUUCAGGCUCGAGCUGAAACUAUGCAAAAUAUUGAAUCAACGAUAGUUGAAUUGGGAGGAAUUUUUCAACAAUUAGCUCAUAUGGUAAAAGAACAAGAAGAAAUGGUUGAAAGGAUAGACAGUAAUAUAGAACACACGGAAUUGAAUGUUGAAGCCGCUCAUGCCGAAAUUUUGAAAUAUUUUCAAUCAGUAACUGGCAAUCGUUGGCUAAUGAUUAAAAUUUUUGCAGUCUUAAUAUUUUUCUUUAUAUUCUUUGUUGUAUUCUUAGCUUAGAAUAUUCCAGGGGAAAAAGUAUACAUAUACAUAUAUACAUAUAUAAAUAAUAAUAUUUGUUUAUAUUAUUCACUCUUUUAUCGCUGCACGACAAUUUUAUUUUCAUUGAGAAAAUGUAAUUGUGGUUUAAAAAAAAAAAACAUGAUGAGUGAUUUUAUAUUUAAAAAAGAAAAUGCAAUUGCCACGAAUUUUUAUUAUAAAUAUUGUAAUAUUUGUAUUGCAUUCCUUUAUUAUAUUAUUGUCACAUAAUUGAAAUCGAUUCGAUUUACUGCGCCGACUUUGUACAAUAAUUAUAUUUUAAUUUAAAAGCAUUUUUGUGCGCAGAAAAGCGAAUCAUAGAAAAAAAAUUAUAACGAUGCCGGCAUUUUUUUUUCUUUCUUUCUUUCUCUCUCUAAAAGAGGUGAAAAGAGAAGAAAAAAGUAAUUUGUAAAAAAAUGCAGAUAAUAAAUAUAUAUAUAAUUUUUAAAUUAUACUAAAGAA